AACUUUCAACAUGGCGGAGAAAAGGAGUGGUUCAGUAGUGGAAGAGUGAUGCUGGUUCUACUGUGUCUCCUGGUGCUCCUCAUCCCUGGAGGCUCUCCUGCUGGAGAGUCUCGGCUGAUUGGUUCACUUGACCGCAUCGUUGCUGUAGAGGGUGAUUAUGUCAUCCUGCCGUGUUCCCUGGAACCUUCCAUCGAUGCAGAGUUCCUGACAGUGGAGUGGUCCAGACCUGACCUGGAACCUGCUAUGGUACAAUUCUACCGGGAUGGUCGUAACUUACAAGGUGGCAAGAAUCCGUCUUACAAAUACAGGACGAUGCUGUUUGAAGAUGAACUGGUCAGGGGCAACGUCUCCCUGAAACUCUUCAGAGUGAAGCUGGAGGAUGAGGGGAGCUACACCUGCCUUGUUAUUAAGGACGGGCAGGUCCAGAAGACUGUCAUCCAGCUCAGUGUUGGGGAGGUUUCCAAACCAGAGGUCUCCAUCGUGGGAGCCAGAGAAGAUGGGGUGGGUCUCCAGUGUGAGUCUGGAGGCUGGUACCCAGAACCUGAGCUGGAGUGGAGGGACAGUAAGGGACGCCUCCUCCCUGCUGAUGUCCCACAGACAGACAGACUCCCUGACCCCGGCCCUCACCAACGCUACACUGUGACAAGCAGAGUGACUGUACAGAAGACAGACACCAACAGGUUCACCUGCAGGGUUCAUCUGCAGAGACUCAACCAGACCAGGAAGACAGAGAUCCAUGUUCCUGAUGAUUUAUGUCAGCCGUGUCCAAAGCCUAAUAUAGCUGUUCCUGUCUCUGUUACUACGGGGGUCCUGUUUCUGGUCAUUCUGGUCACCUGUGUAGCAGUAUACUACCUCCGCUCUCGGAUUAAACAUACAGCAAGCAGUAAAAGGGAAUGUGUUGAACUUGAUGACCGAGACAGCGGGACUGGAGACUAUCCACUGAGGAAUCGAUGACCCAAUGCUACCAGGGAGGAAGAUGACUCCAUGAUUCAUCAUCAGGGAGGAAGAUGACUCCAUGAUUCAUCAUCAGGGAGGAAGAUGACUCCAUGAUUCAUCAUCAGGGAGGAAGAUGACUCCAUGAUUCAUCAUCAGGGAGGAAGAUGACUCCAUGAUUCAUCAUCAGGGAGGAAGAUGACUCCAUGAUUCAUCAUCAGGGAGGAAGAUGACUCCAUGAUUCAUCAUCAGGGAGGAAGAUGACUCCAUGAUUCAUCAUCAGGGAGGAAGAUGACUCCAUGAUUCAUCAUCAGGGAGGAAGAUGACUCCAUGACUCCAUGAUUCAUCAUCAGGGAGGAAGAUGACCCGAUGACUCCAUGAUUCAUCAUCAGGGAGGAAGAUGACCCGAUGACUCCAUGAUUCAUCAUCCGGGAGGAAGAUGACCCGAUGACUCCAUGAUUCGGCUGAGCAGACGCAAGGGGUGCAAGUGUGUGCAUGUGCGUGCAUGGCAGGGUUCUAUAGUUUGCCCCUAAAAAUAGAUAGACAUUUUCAAAAGACAGUUUAAAACCUACCUUUUUACCAAAGCAUUUUACAGAUUUUAUCUCAGAAGGGUAUUUGUAUUAUUGUUUUUUAUUCCCGCAAAGACGGCAGCUUGUGUUUUUGUUGAGUUACAUUGUAUUUAUACUGGGAAACCACAAAGACUGUGGCUCGAGAUACCGCAAAGACUGUGGCUUGUGUUUUGUUGAGUUACAUUUUUAUUUUGUGUGUGUGAAAAAUCUUUGCAGUUGUGACUAUGUUAAUGAUUUUCUAUCGUACCAUGUCGUUGAGAUUAAGGUGUCAUUAAACAACACCUUAACUGUU